AUGGCGGGGGCGAACGACGAGGACUAUGGCACGGGCGUCGUGGAGGCAACGGUGUUUCCAGGUGCACGAUGCCGGCGAACGGCGAGGACGACGGCGCAACGUCAUGGAGGCGGCAGUUCAACUGGCGCCUUCAUUGGUGCUUCAAGAUAUGCAAGUGCAACUAUGAUUCCUCCAUCAAUUAUUAGCCGGGGCAUAGGAUGGCAGGGCAUUGGUCUCUUGCUUGAUUCAUUUUUUGGGACAGCCAACGGGACAUCAGUUUCAGUCCGGAGAGUAGUACAAAUAUCUGCAGGGUUCAUGAUUUUCUUCUCUGUCCUUGGAAAAUUUGGAGCUUUGUUUGCAUCGAUUCCACUGCCCAUAUUUGCUGGCAUGUACUGUCUCUUCUUCGCAUAUGUUGGUGGUGUUGGUCUGAGCUUACUUCAGUUCUGCAACCUAAACAGCUUUAGGACCAAGUUCAUCAUGGGGUUUGCUUUCUUCAUGGGCUUAUCAGUUCCUCAGUACUUCAAUGAGUAUACAGCUGUUGCAAGUUAUGGUCCAGUGCACACUGGCGCCAGAUGGUUCAAUGACAUGAUAAACGUGCCAUUCUCAUCGAAGCCGUUCGUCGCUGGGUUGGUAGCCUACAUCCUGGACAACACCCUCCAGAUAAAGGAAAGCGCGGUGAGGAAGGACAGAGGCAACCACUGGUGGGAAAAGUUCAGGAGCUUCAAGAAAGACGCGAGGAGCCAAGAGUUCUACUCGUUGCCGUUCAAUCUGAACAAAUUCUUCCCUUCGGUCUGA